AUGGUUAUUUUGCCGUCCACUUUUGUGAACAGCCCCCGUUAUCUCCAUGAGUACACGCAAGACGCAUUUUCUUAUCUACGAACUUACUAUAGGCCUGAUCUCUUCGUAACUUUUACCUGUAAUCCUUCGUGGCAGGAUAUAACUCAAGAGCUUAUGUCUGGGCAAAAGGCCACUGAUCGACAUGACAUAGUUGCCCGCGUAUUUCGAUUAAAGGUCCAAAAGUUAUUGAACGUUGUAACAAAAGGAAAAAUAUUUGGAGACGUCCAGUGCCAUAUGUACUCUAUUGAAUGGCAGAAACGAGGUCUACCACAUGUGCACAUAUUAAUUUGGCUAAAGCAGAAGCUAAUUCCUAAUCAAAUUGACAGCAAAAUUUGCGCUGGAAUUCCAGAUCCAGAAGAAGAUAAAAAUCUGUAUGACACGGUUAUUAACAAUAUGAUACACGAUCUCUGUGGAGCUCGCAAUCCAGCGUCACCUUGCAUGCAAAAUGGCAAGUGCACAAAAAAACGUAGGUCGCCUACUGAUGGUGGUAAACAAGUUAACAUUCGUACUCGUAGUAGUUCCCUGUUCCCCGAUUUUGUGUAA